AUGACUGAUCCAAAAGAACAAAAUUCCAAUAUCAUUAAAUUAACUAAUAAUGACCUUGAAAAACGACAUGAUGAUAAUAAUAAAUCAGAUUCGUAUUUAUCAAGUGUGAUUUAUGGUGACAUUGGAACAUCACCUUUAUACACAAUCAAUACUAUUUUUACGAGUCCACCAGCAGAUGAAAACGAUGUUCUAGGUGCUGUGUCUUUAAUUAUUUGGUCAUUGACAAUUUUACCUAUGAUAAAAUAUAUUUUUAUCAUCUUAAGAGCUGAUGAUAAUGGUAUGGGUGGUACAUUUGCUCUUUAUUCUUUGAUAUGCAGACAUUCUAGUUUAUCAGUUCGAGGAAAAGAAAGAUCUGAUGAUUUAACUAUAAUGAAUUAUGAUUCAAAAUCGAUUCACAGCUUAAAAGAUAAAAAAAAUAUAAUUUCCGGAAACAAAUUUGUUCAAAAUGCUUUGUUAAUCUUGGUGUUACUUGGUGCUUCAUUGAUCAUGAGUGACGGCUUGUUAACUCCUGCUAUUUCUGUAAUAUCUGCUGUGGAAGGAAUGGCUGUACCUGCUCCAGGUUUAACUGAUGCCAUUGUACCAUUAAGUUGCACUAUUAUUGUGUUAUUAUUUCUAGGUCAAAAAUUUGGUACAAGUAAAGUGGGAGCAUUAUUUGCACCAAUUGUUUUACUUUGGUUCCUUUCUUUGGCAAUAAUCGGUGCUUGGAAUAUUUCUCAAUAUCCUCAAGUUCUUAAAGCAUUUAAUCCACAAUAUGCAUUCGAAUAUUUUAUAAGGAAUGGUGAACAAGGUUAUAAUAGUUUGGGCGGUGUUUUGCUUGCAGUCACUGGUGUUGAAGCAUUGUAUGCUGAUUUAGGUCAUUUCUCAAGAAAAUCAAUACAACUAUCAUUUCCACUUUUCGUUUAUAUACCACUAGUAAUGGCUUAUUCAGGUCAAGCUGGAAGAUUAAUAUUAGAACCUAAACUUAUUGAUGGUCCUUUGUUUUGGUUGACUAUACCACAAAAUCAAGUAAUAUACUGGAUCGUAUUUGUAUUGGCAACUUUGGCAACUAUUAUUGCGUCACAAGCAAUGAUCACUGCUACCUUUUCUUUAAUUCAUCAAGCAAUGCAAUUAGAUUGUUUUCCAAGAGUUAGGGUUAUUCAUACAUCAAAAACUGUUCAUGGACAAAUUUAUAUUCCAGAGAUAAAUUAUAUUUUGAUGAUUUCAACGGUUUUGGUUUGUGUUGCAUUUCAAAAAUCAGAAAAUCUUACAAAUGCAUACGGAGUAGCAGUAAUUACAGUUGUAUUUAUAUCAACAAUAUUGUUUUCCAUUGUGAUUCGUAUAGUUUGGAACUUACCAUUAAUUGUCAGUAUAAUGUUUUUACUAAUAUUUGGAGUAAUUGAUGUUUCAUUUAUGGGCGCCACAUUCCUUAAAAUACAAUAUGGUGGAUGGUUUACAUUGGUUUUUGGAUUCGUAUUAUGUGUAGUGAUGUAUAUUUGGAAAUGGGGCACAAAUCUUCAAUUGGCAUAUGUGAUGAAAAAUAAAACCAAUCUUGAUAAUAUAUUUAUAACGGAAGAAGAUGAUGAGAAUGACCGUGGUGAUGAUAGUGGCGAUAGCACUGCGGGUGGAGAUAUUGCUAUAGAUUCUUCUAGAUCUUCUGCAAGAAAAAGAAAAAAUAAUGACUUAAGACUUAAAACUAAUCAAUAUCCAAUUGUGAGAUUACCUGGCGUCGGUUUAUUUUAUAAUGAAGUCGCUAGUGGAAUCCCGAUCACCUUUAAUCAUUUUAUAAAUCAUUUACCUUCUUUGCCAGAAAUUCUAAUAUUUAUAACGAUCAGACCUUUGGCAAUACCAUAUGUUGGUGAGGAAGAUAGAUUGGUGGUGCAAAAGAUUGGUAAAUAUAAAGGAUUCUAUAGAAUUAUCGCAAGAUAUGGUUAUAUGGAAUCAAUUUCUCAAGAUAAAGAAUUUAUAAAGAAAAUUGCUGAUAUAAUACGAAAUGAUGAUAUUUACAAUGAUGAUAAAGAGAUCGGAGUUAAUGUUAAUCAUGAUGUUGUAACUUAUAUUGUUUCUACACAAAAACUUGAUCCAAAACCGAAUUCUAAUUGGUUCAGAAAAGCUUUAUUAGAAUUUUACAUGUUUCUAAUAAAUAAUUCUAGACAAUCAUAUGGUAAUUGGAAUAUACCAAUAGAGGAUGUUAUUGAUGUUGGCAUGAAAAUUGCUGUUUAA